AAAAACAAUGCCACCGCACAAGUGGACGGAUGAGUCCCGGGACGCCAGUUGCUACUACGAGGACUCUGCCGGCACUGCCACUCGAUUCCGCCGGAAUUCAUCCUCCUCGAAUGGAUCGGGGUCCGGGGAUCGCACCGACGACGAGGCGGACGACGAACGGGAGGCCUUCUGUUCCGGCGAACGGCCGCUGAUCCGCUCCAGUGCCGGACCCGAGGAUAACGAUGGAUGCGGCCUGCUGAAGACCCGACACAUCUUCGGACUCAUGGGCUUCCUGGGCUUCGGCGUCGUCUACGCCAUGCGCGUGAAUCUAUCGGUGGCCAUCGUGGCCAUGGUGAAUCAGACCGCUAUCCCGCACAGCAAUUCUUCCGUUAUCGACACCGAUACGUGUCCCGUGCCUCCAGUGCCCGGAGGGAAUGGCAGCGCUCCGAUCCCGAUCCGGGAAGGUGAAUUCGUGUGGGAUGAGGCCACGCAGGGAUUGGUGUUGGGGAGCUUCUUCUAUGGCUAUGUGAUCACCCAGGUGCCCGGCGGACGCAUGGCAGAGCUGUACGGCGGCAAGCGAAUCUACGGGUACGGAGUACUGAUUACGGCCAUCUUCACACUCCUCACGCCGCUGGCCGCCCACUGGGAUCUGCCGCUGCUGGUCCUCGUUCGCGUCCUGGAGGGCAUGGGCGAGGGUGUCACCUACCCGGCUAUGCACGCCAUGCUGGCGCAGUGGAUCCCGCCGCUGGAGAGGAACAAGUUUGCCGCUGUCGUCUAUGCUGGCUCCAACAUUGGCACGGUGAUAUCCAUGCCCCUGACCGGAUGGCUGUGCUCGCAGGACUUCCUGGGCGGCUGGCCCUCGGCCUUCUACAUCUUCGGACUGCUGGGCAUCUUGUGGUUCGCCUGCUGGAUGUAUCUGGUGUACGACAAGCCCCGGGAUCACCCCCGCAUCUCGUGCGCCGAAAGGGAAUAUAUCGAACGCAGCCUGCUGGCCCAGCGACGUAUUGAGGAGCCAGACUUGGAGGAGGAACCCGAUAUCGAGGAAGAUUGCGAGCAGCAGGAGGACCGGGUAAGCAUGAGAAGACCUGCCGAGGAUGAGGGGAUACCCUGGCGUUCGCUGGCCACCUCAGUGCCUCUGUGGGCCAUCCUCCUGACGCAGUGCGGCCAGGGCUGGGCCUUCUAUACGCAGCUGACGGAGCUGCCCACCUACAUGAGCAACAUACUCCACUUCGACAUCCAGUCGAACGCCGUGCUGAACGCUGUUCCUUACCUGACCGCCUGGAUCAUGGGCAUAGCCUGCUCCGCCCUCGCCGACUGGAUGCUCGCCCGUCGCUACAUCUCCCUCAUCAACUCGUACAAGCUGUGGAAUACGGUGGCGUCCGUUGUGCCCUCCCUGGGCCUCAUCGGCAUCAUCUAUGUGGGCUGCGACUGGGUGUGGGUCACCAUAAUGCUGGCCGGUGUUGGGUCCUUCGGUGGCGCCGUCUAUGCCGGCAAUCAAAUGAAUCACAUCGCCCUGAGUCCCAAGUACGCCGGAACAAUGUACGGAAUAACGAAUUCGGCGGCGAAUAUCUGCGGCUUCCUGGCGCCCUAUGUAAUAGGCUUGAUUAUCAAUCACCGGGAGACGUUGACCCAGUGGCAUCUGGUCUUCUGGCUGGCAGCGGGCCUGAACAUAGCCGGUAACUUCAUAUACCUGAUCUUUGCCAGCGCCAAGGAGCAGAGCUGGUCGAAGGGAACAUCCAGGAGGGACACUGUGCAGCGCAGCCAGCGGGCUUGAUUGAUAUUCCCCGAGCAGGAUCCGAAGCAUUUGUGAUAAUUCCAAUAUAUAGUAGAAAUAUAUAUAUAUAUAUAUACCAUAGAUUAUGGACUCGAAGUUUCCCCCGGAUGCACCAGAAGCGUCGUCAGUAUUUGAAGUGGCUUCCAACCAACCAAAAAAUGAAACACUAGUGCUACCAAAAUCGUUAAUCGAACGAUAUAUAUAUCAUAUAUGAUCAUGAUCAUGAGAAAUGUUAAUUGUUUUAGUGUGUCGUUUUAUAUGGACAUAUAUGUUUUGCUAGACGUGCUGUAUUUUUUGUUUUUUUUUUCAUUUUUGAUACCAAUAUUUGUACCAACCAUAUGAAUAUAUACAUACAUAUAUAUAUUUAUAUAUCUAAGAUAUACACACACACGAAGGAUGUUGCACAUUCAGCUUUAGAAGGAAAUUAUACACGACUAUACUCCUACCAGGUGUAGUUCUAUAUAGCGUUAAAUAUAUAUACAUAUAUGUAUCCGUACGUGAAGUACUACCAUAUCCUAUAGAUACGCCAGUUACUAAGUCUGUGACGAAUGGAUAAGUCGAAAUAAAUCGCAUAAACAUAUCAA